AUGGUGGGUGAUCCAGGACAGAUGUUGAGUCGGUUAAAAGGUGUGCGAAUGUCGCCCGACAAAGCCUUCGAAGUGCGCAAUAAGAUCCUGCGAAAGACACUGAUUGACCCGGAGAUCGAUAACUCCGAUAAGCUGAUCGCUAGAAUCAACCAGUUGAUCGAUCAAGGGCUGAUAUCGCAUGACUUAUCAGUAAACAUCUUAUUGAGCUGCAUAGCCUACGGGAAAGAAGGCACCAUGCAUCGCAUUGAGACUGGGCAGAUUCUGAAACCCCUGGGAGUCUAUAACCCUCAGGCAAAGCAGAACGCUACUAAUGCUACGUAUAAGAAGAAGUACCCAGCGGGCAAUACGAAUCAGCCCAGACGAGGCAGCUAUGUUAAGAAUACCGAGACCACUAAGAAUUGGUCUCAAGGUGAGAACGCUGUGAUCUACGAACAAUGGAUACGUGAUCGACUUGAAGAUCGCACCAUUGAGAAGGUCGAUAGAGCAGAGGUGAAAGCCAUUCUAAACCCGCACGUAGUUGGCGGACGAGUUACACACAACUGCCAAUGCCUAUAUCCGUACACGAAUGACGAGGGUAAGUUCCCGAAUAUGCAAGCGAUUGGACCAGUGAUCGCAUGGGCGGCCGGACAACAGGAGAUCAUGAAGAUCGACUUAUCGAAGGCAUUCCACGCUAUCCCCAUCGCGGAAGACCAGACGAACUACUAUUCGUUUCUCGGUAUGGACGGCACUGCGUAUAGAUAUAUGCGCAUGCCUAUGGGUGCAAUGUGUGCUCCCAAGCACUUCGCGACCGUAAUGAUGAAAGUGCUGGGACAGCUACUCGACAUUGAUAAGACGCAUGUAAGGUCUUACCAAGACGAUAUAAUAGUAGCCGGGGAAGAUAGAAAAGAAUACUUCGACCGAUACGGUAGAGUGAUACGUCACCUACGCGAGUAUGGCUUCAAGAUCAAUAAAGAGAAGUCAUCUACGAAUACUACACUGGUGAUACUCGGUUAUGAGUUCACGAAAGAGUCUAUUGGAAUACCCAAAGACAAAGCUGAACAGAUUAGAAAGUUGCUACGUUCAGAAUGUGUAGAUGGUAUAACGCGAGCGACGCACCAAUUAUCCUAUUAUAAAAUGAUCCAUAGGACGGGCGUUCGAAACUCGUUGACGAAGAUACGUCAAAUAUUGCUAAAGAUGAAACACGUAACAAACGUGGUCAGAGAUUUAAUAGAUGCAGUCGACUCCCCAUGGGAAAUCGAACGAAUAAGACCCUCUAAGGGCAAUACGAUAACGAUUUACGUCGACGCAUCUGAUAAGCAAGCUGGGAUGGUGGUAAUGUAUAACGAUCAGAAAGUUAUGGCAGAAUCGAUUCCUCUAACGAAGACAUGCAUCGCAAGAUCCAAGAAGCUGUACCAGCACAGCCCGUACGACCACCGACCCUAG